ACGGAAACAGCGCUGUGGAGUUCGUGGCCCGCACCCACCAGGGCUACGGGACGCUGCAGUGCUGGGCCCAGAACAACGUGGGCAAGAUGACCCAGCCCUGCCUCUUCCACGUGGUGCCCGCAGGUCGCCCGGAGCAGCCUGCGCGAUGCCUCGUGGUGAACAAGACCUAUAACUCACUGGCGGUGGAAUGCACGCCUGGGUUUGACGGUGGCCUGCAGCAGGUCUUCAUUGCCAAGGUGUUUGAGGCGGUGACGGGCCGGGGACAGGGGAAUGUGACUUCCGAGUCCCCAACCUUCACCCUGGAGGGCCUCACACCUGGCCUUGACUACAUCAUCCAGGUGACGGCGAGGAACAACCUGGGCAGCUCCGACCCCGUGAAGCUGGAGGCGCUCACCUACAAGAUGGCCGAGAACAGGAUGAGGGACGAGCAGGGCGGUGAAGGCGGCAGCGGCGCCCCUGGCGGCGGGCUGCUGCCGGUGAGCCUGGUGGUGGCGGCCGCUGUGCUGACGGUAGCGGCGGCGGCGGGUCUUGCUGGGCGUUGCCUCUGGGUGCGGCGGCACGACAGAGCUCUGAUUACCGCUGGAAACAGGAGCACAAGAGGCUAUUCGCCGCCGCCUGAGAGGCACAGCGAGCGACUCUCAGGUGAUGACGCAACAGAUGACGACGACGUCCACUUCGAGGUUCCAACGAUCAGGCUUGAGGCGCACCGCGAAUCCAGAAAG